AGAAGUCAUAGUUUGUGACUUAUUGAUUGUGAAAAGUCCUUCUGAGAAGGAGAAGGAGAAAAGCUAGGCCAAACACCCCCUAGGUCGCUUUAUCGUUCUACUCCCCAACCUAUGUUAUCCUCUUGAAUACGAAAACUCAAUCAACUACACCCCACCCCACCUUGUAGAAUCCUAUCUAUCAUCUUGGUGAUGGCGUCUUCUUCUUCAGCGCCUAAUCUGUGGGUAUUGCUAGGCUUGAGUCUGGCCGGAAUACUGUUGAUGACGAAAAAGCUUAAGAAGGCUGCCAAAGUUGAUUUCGGAGCCUUUGUCCAGAGGUUUCAGCUUCUACCUCCACCGCAGCCCGCUCCUCCCAAGGCCCCCCACCCGCUCACCGCCCUCACCUUUGCCGUCUCCGACCUAUUUGAUAUCAAUGGGUUUGUUACGGGGUUUGGCAAUCCAGAUUGGGAAAGGACACAUGAAGCUGCUUCACAGACAUCUCCUGUUGUUUCAGCUCUUGUAGAUGGAGGAGCAACAUGUGUUGGAAAAACUGUGGUGGAUGAAAUGUCAUUUGGUGUAAGUGGAGAAAAUAGACAUUAUGGAACACCCACGAAUUUUGUUGCUCCUGCAAGGAUACCAGGAGGGUCAUGUAGUGGAGCUGCGGUUGCUGUUGCUGCAAAACUUGUUGAUUUCUCUUUGGGUGUUGACACUGUUGGUGGGGUGAGGCAACCUGCUGGACAUUGUGGCAUUUUUGGAUUUCGGCCAUCGUAUGGUGCUGUUUCUCAUUUGGGGAUUAUUCCUAUCUCAACAAGUUUUGAUACUGUUGGAUGGUUUGCCAUGGAUCCAAGUGUAUUACAUCGUGUAGGUCAAGUGCUGCUACAAGGACAGUUUGCAGUUCAACGGAAUCCUAGGAAUGUUAUCGUUGCCGAUGACUGUUUUCAGCUAUCAAAAAUUCCUAUCCAACGCUUGACCCAGGUCGUAAUCAGAUCAACCGAAAACCUAUUUGGAAAGCAAGUUUUGAAGCAUGAGAAACUCAGUGAUUACAUUGCUUCCAGAGUUCCAAGCCUGAAAGCAUUCGAUUCCAACAAGUCAAAUGGUGAUCCUAAAUUUUCUUCUCUAAGGUCACUUGCUAGCAUUAUGCAGUUACUACGGAGGCAUGAGUUCAGCCAUAAUCACUUUGAAUGGAUAAACACGGUGAAGCCAACUUUAGAUCCACUUAUAUCAGCUCAGGUACAAGAAAAACUAGAGUUAGCAGAUAAGGAUAUCAAUAAUUUCGUAGCUGUUAAAAACGAGUUGAGAUCUGCUCUAAAUGCCCUUUUGAAGGAUGAUGGAGUUCUUGUGAUCCCGACAGUUUGUAGUCCACCUCCCAAGCUUGGCUCUAAGGAGCUUUCAUCAGAAGACUAUCUUAUCACAGAAUUUUCACUCACGGCCUUAGCAAGCAUAUCAGGCUGCUGUCAGGUUGUAAUACCAUUGGGAUUAUAUGAAAACUACCCUGUUUCGGUGUCGUUGAUGGCAAAACAUGGGGGUGAUCGUUUUCUAUUGGAUACGCUUAAGACCAUGCAUGCAUCUCUUCUUCACAAGUUAGCUGAUGAAGCUGGAAAGUCAAAAACGUCCAAUGAUGUCAGCAAGGAAGCCGCUGCUGAAAUUGCCAAAGAAAAGGGUAAUGCUGCUUUUAAAGCAAAAAAUUUCCAGAAGGCAAUUGGGUUUUAUACUGAUGCCAUCAAACUCAACAGCACCACUGCAACUUACUUUAAUAACCGAGCUGCCGCCUAUUUGGAGCUGGGAAGUUUCAUUCAAGCUGAAGCAGAUUGUACCAAAGCUAUCGAUCUUGAUAAAAAGAAUGUGAAGGCAUACCUAAGGAGAGGUACGGCACGGGAGAUGCUUGGAUACUACAAAGAGGCAAUUGAAGAUUUCAGGUAUGCACUUGUUCUAGAGCCAACCAAUAAAAGGGCAGCAGUGACUGCAGACAGGCUAACAAAAUACUUUCAGUAGAAUUUGGCUGAAACACGAUGCUUGUGGCGGCAGGCUUUUGAAUGAAACGGUGAAGUAAUCAUCGGUUGCUGGUAGUUAUGAUGUAAUAUCAUAGGUCAAUUUUGGUCCAGGUGCAUUUUAAGAUACAAAUUUCAGAUGUUUUUCUCACCUUUGUAUGUGUUUAUAUACUUGAAACCUUUAUCAAUUCAUUAAAAUUUCUAGCGAC